GAAUGUGUACAAAAAUAAUAAUAAUUUUUAGUUGGUACAUCAGUCAGUUUGACUCUAUACAAUUUGUUUAUUGAAAAUCUUUCGUCAGUACGAAUUCUAUUCACAAUGGGUCUGGUCUUAAUUUUUAUCGGAGUACUUAUUUUAGUGCAUUUUAUCCAGAAAUAUUUUUAUAUCUUUGCAAGUGCUUAUAAAAUUCCUGGGCCAUGGUUUAUACCAUUCGUUGGGAAUGCUCAAUUCUUAUGGAAUUUACAACCAAAGGCACUUUUUAGAAUGAUUGAUGAAUUAAGGCAAACAUAUCAAAGCACAUUUCGGAUACUUUUGGGUCCUAAUUUGUGGGUCUUCUUGCACAGUCCCGAAGAAACUCGUGAGGCACUCAACGAAGAUUCUCUGCUGAGAGCAGAUACUUUUCAAAAAUUGAAUGUUUUGUUAGGAAAUGGAUUGCUUUUGAGUGAAGGGAAACAGUGGUAUAACCAUCGAAGGUCACUGGCACCAGCUUUUCAUCCGAAUGUGUUAGCAGGCUUCACAGAUAGAAUUUACCAUCAUUCCGAUGUUUUUGUAGACAAAGUAUUGAAAAGAAAAGAACUUGAAGUAUCGGAAUACAUUUUUCCAUGCAUGUUGGAUACUAUUUGUGAAACAUCAAUGGGAAAGAAUUUACGAACACAAGAGGAGGAAUGUUCAGCUUAUGUUCAUGCUUUUCAUGAUGCAAGUGAAAUACUAUUUGAAAGAAUGUCAUAUCCGCUUUUCUUCUUUGAUUGGAUUUUCAACCUCACACCAUCUUGUAAAAAACUUCAAAACGCCAUUACCAUGAUUCAUAAUUUAACAGAUGAAAUCAUAAAAGAAAAAGCCGAAGAUCUCAAGGUGCAAGGCAAUCAAACCGUUGGCAAAUACAAUCGAACUUUACUCCAUAUCUUGUUAACAACCGAAGUAGACGGAAAGUCAAUGUCAUUUCAGGAAAUCAAAGAUGAAGUAAAUACAUUUUUGUUUGCGGGAGUUGAUACAACAGCAGCUGCAAUGAAUUUCAUUUUGUACUGUCUCGCCAAGUAUCCCGAAUGCCAGGAGAAACUCUACAAUGAAAUUUCUUCCGAUACUGAAAGCAACUAUCCAAACAUCAAUGAAAUGAAAUAUCUUGAUAUGUUCAUCAAAGAAUGCCUCCGAUUUUACACUAUUGUCCCUCUGACUGGUCGACAAGUAACGAAAAAGAUUAACAUUGGAAAUUAUGAGAUUGUCCCCGGAACAACACUUUGGAUCAAUAUGUAUGGAUUGGCUCAUGAUGCCAAGCGAUUCCCAGAACCAGAUAAAUUUGAUCCCGAACGUUUUGGCAGUGAUGGACCUGAAAUUCCACCAUAUGUAUUUCUGCCAUUUUCUGGUGGGCCACAUUCAUGCAUUGGCAAAAGAUACGCUAUGCUGAUUAUGAAAAUUGUAACUGUAAGGACUUUACAAAGGACGAAAAUUCAACUGCAAAAUCCCAAUGAGAUAUUGGAAUUGAAGGCCGAAAUGGUAUUGAAAUCAACAAGUGGUAUUAAUUUGAUAUUUGAGAAGAGAUAAAUAGUUAGAAUAAGAUCAAAAGGUUUUUUACUUAGUUAAUUUAAGUUUAUAUAAAAUUCGUUUUAAUUCAUUAGAAAUUUUAAUAAAGA